AUGCGGCACACCAGAGCAGAACAAGAAUACAAAGAAGUUAAGGAAGCACUUGUGCAGACCGAGAGGUCAUUCCUUUUGUCUGAAAUGGCUAAGGAGAAUUAUCCUUCACUAACUGAAGUUGUAAAACAAGUUGCUGAGCAGCAGCAUUUACAGUCAUCAGAGAUAGAAAAAAACAAAAUCAUUCUUUUCCAAUUGCAGGUUAGAUAUCAGGAACUAGAAAAAGAAAUGGAUUCUAUUAUGUUAGAAAUGAAGAAAACAGAAAGGGAAAUAUAUCUGCAAGAUGAUGCCAUAGGAGUGACAAAGUAUCACUGCGAAAACCUAGAAGCUGAAGUCAGAGCUCUGUAUUCUGAAAAUAUGAAGCUGAGGUUUGAUACAGAAAUAAUACAGGAAGAAUAUGAGAUGACAUCUGCAAGAAAUAGUAAAUAUCGGGAAAAAAUAAAAGCUCAUAAAAGUCUCUUUCGGGAGAUGGAAAGUAAAAUGCCUAUUGUGAUUGAGCUUGCUGAAAAGAAAGCUAUUGUUACUGAGCUGAGAGCAAAGAAAGAAGAGUUAAUGAGUGACCUCCAGAAUCCAGAAGGCUCUGCUAUAAAGCAAAUGCAGGAAGAAAUUGCACUUAUAAAACAGGAAAUCACAACAGUGAAGGAUUUCAUCAAUAAAAAAACAGAUUUGCUGGAAGAAAUUAAAAAAGCUCAUGCUAAGCUUAGAAAAGAAAUUGAGGUACAGAAUAAAAGAUACGAUGCUAUUCUGAAACGUUUGCACUGUCAGCUGAACAAACUGCAUUCAAAUAAAAGACAAUGGCACUGGAACAUUCAGCAGAUGGAGAAAAAGGCAGAAGAACUCAGGAAGAGUCUUGGAGAAGUGGAGUUUCAGAUUAGCAUCUAAAACAACCUAAUGAAGCUAUAAUGCAAUACAGUCUGGGUAAUCUUUUCCAGGCAGGUUUUUUUUUUGUUAUUUGGUUGUUGGUUGGGGUUGUUUUGUUGUUGUUGUUAAAAUACUACAAACAGUAAAGUAGCCCAAUACCUGCG